AUGGGGAACUGGGCUGUGAAUGAGGGGCUCUCCAUCUUUGUCAUUCUGGUAUGGCUGGGGAUGAAUGUCUUCCUCUUUGUCUGGUACUACCGGGUUUAUGAUAUUCCAGAGAAGUUCUUUUACACUCGAAAACUUCUUGGGUCAGCGCUGGCACUGGCCAGGGCUCCUGCAGCCUGCCUGAAUUUCAACUGCAUGCUGAUCCUGCUGCCAGUCUGUCGAAAUCUGCUCUCCUUCCUCAGGGGUUCCAGUGUGUGCUGCUCAACAAGAGUUCGAAGACAACUGGACAGGAAUCUCACCUUUCAUAAAAUGGUGGCAUGGAUGAUUGCACUUCACACUGCGAUUCACACCAUUGCACAUCUGUUUAAUGUGGAGUGGUGUGUGAAUGCCCGAGUCAACAAUUCUGAUCCUUAUUCAAUAGCACUCUCUGAAAUUGGAGAUAAAGAGGGUGAGAGUUAUCUCAAUUUUGCUCGAGAGAGAAUCAAGAACCCUGAAGGAGGCUUGUAUGUGGCUGUGACUCGGUUGGCAGGCAUCACUGGAAUUGUCAUCACACUGUGCCUCAUAUUAAUUAUUACCUCCUCCACCAAAACCAUCCGGAGGUCUUACUUUGAAGUGUUUUGGUACACGCACCAUCUCUUUGUAAUCUUCUUCAUUGGUCUUGCCAUCCAUGGAGCUGAACGAAUUGUACGUGGGCAGACCAACGACAGUUUGAAGGAGCACAAACCAGAGUUAUGUUGGCAAAAUAUCUCAGAUUGGGGAAAAAUAAAAGACUGCCCAGUCCCGAAGUUCUCUGGGAACCCUCCUAUGACUUGGAAAUGGAUAGUGGGUCCCAUGUUCCUUUAUCUCUGUGAGAGGUUGGUCCGGUUUUGGCGAUCUCAACAGAAGGUGGUCAUCACCAAGGUGGUCACUCACCCUUUCAAAACCAUUGAGCUACAGAUGAAGAAGAAGGGAUUCAAGAUGGAGGUGGGACAAUACAUUUUUGUCAAGUGCCCAAAGGUGUCCAAGCUGGAGUGGCAUCCUUUCACACUGACCUCCGCCCCUGAGGAAGACUUCUUUAGCAUCCAUAUUCGAAUUGUUGGGGACUGGACAGAGGGGCUGUUCAAUGCUUGUGGCUGUGAUAAGCAGGAGUUUCAAGAUGCCUGGAAACUACCUAAGAUAGCAGUUGAUGGGCCUUUCGGCACAGCCAGCGAAGAUGUGUUCAGCUACGAGGUAGUGAUGUUAGUGGGAGCUGGAAUUGGGGUCACGCCCUUCGCAUCCAUUCUCAAGUCAGUCUGGUAUAAAUAUUGCAAUAACGCCACCAAUUUGAGGCUCAAAAAGAUCUACUUCUACUGGCUGUGCCGGGACACACAUGCGUUUGAGUGGUUUGCAGACCUACUGCAGCUGCUGGAGACCCAGAUGCAGGAGAGAAACAACGCUGGCUUCCUCAGCUACAACAUCUAUCUCACUGGCUGGGAUGAGUCUCAGGCCAAUCACUUUGCUGUGCACCAUGAUGAGGAGAAAGACGUGAUCACAGGCCUGAAACAAAAGACUUUGUACGGACGGCCCAACUGGGAUAAUGAGUUCAAGACAAUUGCAAGUCAACACCCUAAUACCAGAAUAGGAGUUUUCCUCUGUGGACCUGAAGCCCUGGCUGAAACCCUCAGUAAACAGAGUAUCUCCAACUCCGAGUCUGGCCCUCGAGGAGUACAUUUCAUUUUCAACAAGGAAAACUUCUAA